CCAAUAUUAUGUAAAAAGGGUCGCUACUAAAAGUAAUAAUGCAAUAAUUUGGACAAUAUACUACAUAAUUUACAUAAAAUAUUGUAUCAAUUUCAAAAAAGACUGAUCAAAAUAUAUUAUUAUACAAUGUUGGAGGUUUUAAAUGGAUUUCUUCUUGUUUAUUUUUUAGUUUUAUGUACUAUUAGUGCUUUAGUUCCUCUUCUAGUCAAACCGAUUGUCGCAUGUUUUUCAAGGCCCUCGCACCAAGAACGCAAACUAUGGGAUGAAAUAGUAAUGCUUAAAUGUCAGCAAAAGCAAAUUUCUAUGAAAGAUGAAUUUGCUGCUUAUUCCAAACUUCAAAGGCGGAUAAUCAAGCUGGAAGCAGAAUUAAAAGAAAAUUCUCAAGAUAGAUUAAGCAAAACCUUGGCAAUAAAGGGAACAAUACAUAUAGUACUUCAAGUGGUCAUUGGCUUCAUAAUAAUUAUUUCAGUCAUCUUUUUCAGGAGAGAACCUAUAGUAGCCCUCAAAGGUGACCUUUUUCCACUUUCAACAUUACUAAAAUACCCAAGUGAAACUCCAAAUGCAAUCUCAACACAUAUGUGGGUUAUAAUAUCAAAUGUUUCAAUAAGAGCUCUGUUAAAGCCUAUGAUUUCUUAAAUUUUAAUUGCAUAUAAUAAUUAUUUUAUAAAUGUAUUGUAAUUUAUUUUAUUACCUUUUUAACUAUAUAUCUGUAUUCAAAUUGAGCAAUUUAUUGUAAAUACAAAAAUUAUGGUUUGAAUAUUUUGAUGAGAAACAGUUAUUUAUAAGUAAGAAUUUUAGAAAAAAAACAGAAAAAUCAUAGUAAUUAAGAUAUUCCUAUUGCAAAUAUAAAUACUUUCAAUAUUUUGUCACUAUAAAGAGUUUUUUAUGACUUAUUACAAAACUGUUGGUUUUUUGAGUAGUAAUAAAUAACAUAUUGGGUUAGUAUGCACUCAAUAUAAUAAGUAGGUUUUUUAAGUCUCCUUAAAGUACAGAGGCUUUAAAUAAAACAAAGUUAUUAUUAAUGAUUUAUUUGUUAAACAAAUUUAAGUGUAUCUUAUACUCAGUCUGACAUACGUCCAAUUAUAUCUCUAAAAUAUAUUCUAACAACCGGAUCUGCCCGCCUUAACAUAAAACUCAACAUCUACAAAAUUAAUAUAUAUUCUAUGCAAUCCAUAGUUUGGAACGUAACACUACGAUUAGAAUGACAACAAUAAUC